ACAGCAAGAAAUAAAAAGAAGAUGGCCGCUCCCAUGCUGUGCGGGAUUUGCAGUAGGGAAGGACAAAGGAAGAUUCGAUAGAAAAUGAGAUAACCCUGAAAGAAAUAAAAUUGGCUUGAAAGGAAGUUUCAUUAAAGGAGUCUUAGAAAAGCUCUGGAGCCUAGGGGGCGGAGCCGAAGCGUGGAGCGGCUUUGCGCAUGCGCUUCAGCUAGGCGGUUAGAUUUGAAUGCUGCGCUGAGGCUGCUGGGCGUUGUGAGGUGAUGUCCUGAGGCGGCGGUGAGUAGCUUCUAGGGAAGUGUGCUGACCCCAAACAAGUCUGGGAUUUUUGUCAAGCACUUGGGCCGCAGCGGAAAAAUUUUUCUUCAGAAAUGGAUGGGAUGUCUUCAGAGGCUAAUGAAGAAAAUGACAGUGUUGAAAGACCUGUUAGAAGACGACAUUCCUCAAUUUUGAAACCCCCAAGGAGCCCUCUUCAGGACCUCAGAAGUGGGAAUGAAACUAUUCAGGAAUCCAAUGCUUUCAGAAAUAAGAAAAAUUCUCGUCGAGUCAGCUUUGCAGAUACUAUAAAGGUUUUCCAGACAGAAUCUCACAUGAAAAUGGUGAAAAAGUCAGAAAUUGCAGAAACAGAAACAGGAGGAAAUAUUCUAAUUAUACAGAAUAACAACCCAGAAGAAAAUCAUUGUGAAAUUACUGGGAUGAAUACAUUGCUUUGUGCUCCCAUUCAGACCCAGAUGCAGCAGAAAGAGGUAUGAGUUCAUGCAAGUGCUUCAUAUUUUAAUCUUCCUUGAUG